UCUCUGUCCGUCUCUCUCUCUCUCUCUCUCUCUCUGUCCGUCUCUCUCUCUCUCUCUCUCUCUCUCUCUCUGUGUCUCCCCCCCGCCCCCAUCUCUCUUUUCACCUAACUUCUCCUUUGCUGUCCCAUAUCAGUCUGGGCUUUCUCCCUCCCCGUCUCACUGUAUUUUCCGUUUUCCUCAGGCAUGUGUGUGUGUGUCUCUCUCUGGUUUCUGUCUGUCCCAUGUCAGGCUGCUUUCUGUCUGCCUUUGUCCAGUGUUGGUCUGUGUGUUUUCUCUCUCUCUGUCUCUCACACUGUCCCAUAUUCCUCUGCUUUCUUUCCCAUUGUGGUUCACAAAGAACGACCGAUGGGCUGCUUCCUAGCUGGCAACCGAGGCAGAGCCUCAGCCUGGAAACGGGAGCAGCCAAAGGGCAGAGCGCGAGCGAGCACGCGGCUGGCCAACUCCGCAAAGGUGGAGAGCAGCGAGGAGGAGGCUGCAGGGCCCGAGGCGCUCUCAGCACCGUCUUCACCCGGCACCGAGUCCGAGAGCGGCGAGGAGGACGCGGUGGAUCCCGACGCUCUGUCAGCACCGUCGUCCCCAGACGCACAGUCCGAGAGCGGCGAGGAUGACGCAGUGGAUCCCGAUGCUCUGUCAGCACCGUCAUCUCCGGAAGCAGAUUCUGACGCUGAGAGUGGCGAGGAGGGUUCGAGUGACAGCGCUGAAGAACCCGAUCAGACAGAGUCUGAGAACAGGGCGCCGGGGCGUGGGAAGGUGGAGAAGAGCAAGACGGCGCAGGUGUCUCCACGCCCCGAGGCCGGCAACUGCCCGUUGGACUCUGCGCGGCCGGUCUUCCCCCGCUCCCUGAAGGCCGGCGAGGGCUUUGUCUGCGCCGUCUGUGGGAAGCGGUUCAAGACCCUGGUGUGGAUGGAGAAGCACCGGGACACGCACACGCGGGGCCGGGUCUUCCAGUGCUCGGACUGCGGCAAGAGCUUCAACCAGCUGCACAGCCUGAGGAACCACUGUAACCUGCACAGCCACGAGAAACCGUACACGUGCUCCAUCUGUGACCGCACCUUCAGCGGCUCCGACAGCCUCAUGAUGCACAAGUGCGCCGACGCCGGCGAGCAGCCCUACAAGUGCGGAGUCUGCGGCAAGGGCUUCAGCUACCCGUCCAAGCUGGAGACCCACUGGCGCAGCCACACCGGCGAGCGGCCCUUCAGCUGCUCGGUGUGCGGCAAGCGAUUCACCCAGACGUCCAACCUGCUCACCCACCAGCGCAUCCACUCGGGCGAGCGGCCCUUCACCUGCUCCGUGUGCGGCAAGGGCUUCACCGGCUCGUCCAACCUGCAGAUCCACCAGCGCACGCACACCGGCGAGCGGCCCUUCAACUGCACGCUGUGCGGCAAGGAGUUCACCCAGGCAUCCAGCCUGCUCACCCACCAGCGCAUCCACACCGGCGAGCGGCCCUUCACCUGCUCCAUGUGCGGCAAGGGCUUCACCCGCAGCUCCCACCUGCUCACCCACCAGCGCAUCCACACCGGUGAGCGGCCCUUCACCUGUGCCGUCUGCGGCAAGGGCUUCACCCGCAGCUCCCACCUGGUCACCCACCGGCGGGUGCACACCGACGCCCGGCCCUUCAAGUGCCCCGACUGCGGCAAGACCUUCAAGGGCUCGGAGGAGCUGGUCAAGCACCAGCGGGUGCACACGGACGAGCGGCCGUGCGGCUGCCCGCUCUGCGGCAAGCGCUUCCGGCAGCUCUCGCACCUGCUGACCCACCAGCGGGUCCACACCGGCGAGCGGCCCUUCAUCUGCCCCGUCUGCAACAAAGAGUUCACCCAGUCCUCCCACCUGCUGCGGCACCAGCGGCUGCACGCCAGUGGCCAGAGGCCCUUCAUCUGCUCCGCCUGCGGCAAGGGCUUCGCCCAGUGGCCAGAGCUGCUGGCCCACCAGUGCGCGGUGCCCGGCCAAGCACAGCAAGCUGCCGACCCCGUGGUCUACGUGCAGUUCCAGGUGUAGAGAGAGAGAGAGAGAGAGGCUGCACCCCACCCCUCCCCUCCUGACCUCCUACCUCUGGAUCCCCUCCCCACUUGGUCACCGCGCGCCAGGGAGACGGGGGACAUCGGGCACUCACUUGCUAUCCCGGCACGCUGCCCUUCCUGCAGCAAUGCCGCCAGCUCCCCACCCCGGCUUGCUGUGGGGGGGGGUGGCACAGACAACGCCAGGGGAGGGAGGGCUGGGCCCGAGAGUGCCCUCUGCGGGAGGCGUGUGAGGUAGAGCGCUGUGGUGGGCACUGCUGAGUGCCAGGGAGCCCCAGAGCAAUGGCGGCUCCGCCUGGGCACCUUCCCCUUUUUCUCCCUUCCCCGUGUCCCCUUCCCCCCCCAGUGCCAUCCACCCAAGGGAGGGCAUAAAGGGGGCUGGGGAGAUGGGUGCAUCCUCAGAGAAGAGUGGGUCAACGCUGGAGGGAGGUGAGGAAGAGUGCGGCUGGGGCGGGGAAGGGGCUGCUGGAGCUCAAAACCAGAGGAUUGGGAAGGUCAGUCCCAGUGCGCCAGCGCUCUACAAGACCUGGGAUCUUUCCCCGACUCUCCGUCGUCGCUGGUGAUGGCGGCGUCCUGGUCGGGUGGGUGCAGAGAUGGAAAGGCAGCGCUGUGAAGGGAGAGGAGGUCCACUGGAGGGAGAGCGGACCGGUUCCUGCUGCAUGAGGGACAGUUACCACAGCUCCAAUCUGUCUUCCUCGGCCGUGCACAGCGCUUACUGUCCCCCCUUUCAAUGGUAACCAGAGCAGGUGAACAAAGGGCUGGCUGUGACUGACCGAAGGAGCUGAUGUUUGAGUGCUGGUGUUGGGAUGUUGUGUAGUUUGCAACGAAUCCCCGUGGGAGCAAGGCACCCUCCUCGUACAGAAGGCCCCUACCCACCAGCGAGGGGUGCGUGUGCGUGCACACACCGACAUGCACACACCGAAGGUGACCCGUGCAUGCCCGCCCUCCGGGUUACCAGUGUUGAUUGUGGUGGGGUCUGAAAGGACAAACUCCCCCGCUGAUGUCAACAAACUCACCACCCAGCCAACCCCAUCUGCUGGGGUACCAGGCUGUGUCUGCCGGUAAGUGUGGGUGGUCCCACAGGACACAGGGUGGUGGGGGGGAAACAGCAGCUGCCAUUAACAACACACAACUCGCGAGGAAGAAGGGGACAUAAGAGAGGGCGCUGAGGCUGACAGACUGGGGAGACGAAGAGGUGGAGGAGGGCGCCGAGGGAGACACACUGACGUGUAUAUAGACAGGGUGCCGGGAGGAGAGACUGAAGUGUGCACAGAGAGGGCACGAGGGGAGAGAAACUGGAGAGGGGGCCGAGGGAGAGAGACUGAAGUAUACACGGAAAGGGCGCUGAGGGAAAGAGACUGGAGAGGGGGCCGAGGGAGAGAGACUGAAGUGUACACAGGGAGGGGGAGAGGCUGCCGAGGGAGAGAGACUGAUGUGUGCACAGAGAGGGCACUGAGGGAGUCAGACUGAAGUGUGCACAGAGAGGGGGAGAGGACGCCAACGGAGAGAGACUGAAAUGUACACAGAGAGGGGGCCGAGGGGGAGAGAGGCUGAAGUGUACACAGAGAGGGCACCGAGGGGGAGAGACUGUGUGUACGCAGAGAGGGAGAGAGGCUGAAGUGUACACAGAGAGGGCACCGAGGGGGAGAGACUGUGUGUACGCAGAGAGGCUGAAGUGUACACAGAAGGGGGCGCCAAGGGGGAGAGAGGCUGAAGUGUACACAGAGAGGGAGAGAGACUGAAGUGUACAUACAGAGGGCGCCGAGGGGGAGAGAGGCUGAAGUGUACACAGAGAGGGAGAGAGACUGAAGUGUACACAGAGAGGACGCCGAGGGAGAGAGACUGGAGAGGGUGCCAAGGGAGAGAGGCUGAAGUGUACUUAGAGAGGGGGAGAGAGACUGAAGUGUACACAGAGAGCGCCGAGGGAGAGAGACUGAAGUGUACACAGAGAGGACGCCGAGGGAGAGAGACUGGAGAGGGUGCCAAGGGAGAGAGGCUGAAGUGUACUUAGAGAGGGGGAGAGAGACUGAAGUGUACACAGAGAGCGCCGAGGGAGAGAGACUGAAGUGUACACAGGGAGGGGAAGAGGCUGCCGAGGGAGAGAGACUGAUGUGUGCACAAAGAGGGCACUGAGGGAGAGAGACUGAAGUGUACGCAGGGAGAAGAGGAGAGGCGGUUGCUAAAGGUGAGAGACAUGUGAACCCAGUGGAACGUAGAGGAGCCCCUGAGCGUUUUGGAUCACGAGACGUGACUGUUGGACUCACCUGCAAGUGUCCAACUCCAGAAAGCUGAGCGGCGGUCAGAGAUUUGGAGAAUCACCAGGAACAAGCAUUUGUGCUGCCAGGUUGAAGAAGGGGGAGGUGUCUGUUACCCCCCGACCGACCAGAGAGAUCAGCGGGAGGGAGGCUGCGAUCUCUGAAACACUCCUUGCGAAAAGCAUCUGUUGACCAGUCAGGAGGAUGGAUGGAGAGCGAGGCCUUCGGGCUAGUAUAUCUUAUUGUAGGUGAAUAGGCCGAUGGAGCUGAGAAAGGGGGAUAGUUAGCUGCAGUCAGCGAAAGCAGUGUAGGUUAUAUAGUGAACACACUGUGGGCCCAUGUUAGACAUCGGCUGAUGAACAUUGAACAGGGAAGGAGAGAACAAACGGAAAGUCGCCCAUGGCAGUGGGAACAUCAGUAUGUUCGGAAUACACUUGGGGACAAGCUAAUACACGGACCAAAGGGCACAUGCAAAGUGGGGUGGCCUCAUCUGUGGAAAGUCUCUGAUUUUUGUUCUUAAAAGCCUGGGGCUAUCGGGAGGGGGCUGGGAGGAGAGAACCAAACAAACAAAAAACACGCCGGGCAGGGGAACAAUGUUUGGGUGAGAUUCCCAUGAUCUCCUGAUGAGAAAAGGCACACUUGACCAGGUGCCAGCCAGGGGUGCUGUAUACAACCAGACACUGCUACAGGUCCAAGAAGGGAUCUCCAACUGGCAUCAUCCCAUCAGCUCAUCUAACAUCUCCUGUCCAGGCUCGGAUCUCUCUCUCUGUGGAAAUCUGACUAGUCUUUGGUUGUUUGAUAUUCAGUGCUGAGAGUUCACUCAAUUUGAACAUUUCAUGUACUCUCGAUCACUAUCCUAUUUGUAAGUAUCUAGACAUAUAGAUGGCUUGUACUUUCUGUCUGUCCAAUAAAAG